GUAACAUAAAUUACAUUUAAAUUUUUUAAGUGACGUGUUUCCACUUACGUAUAUAUUUUAUUUUUUAGGGUAAAAGUGGACAUGCUUCAGACUUGUACUCUUCGUACACAUACUCAUACGAAGAAGCAUGAUGAGAAGUACUACGUCAAUAAGAAGGCAGAAGAAGUUUCACAAAACUACGUAGCCAUGCGGGAGGCAGUUUGUGAACAAUGCUUAAAUGUGACACGAGACGAGAUGUUUAUAUUUAUAGUCGGAGGACAUGAUGCCAAGAAUCGUGUUCAUGGUGUUGGAGAUCUCGCACGGAGCCAACCACAAAUGUAUACAAGUGAGGCAAAACGUGCCAGCACAAGCUCUAUGUGGGACCCUCGAGAUGAUGAGAUCAAGAAGUUGAGAGAAGAGCUAGACGACAUUAGAGCUUUCUAAGCGCGUGAACUAUUGUCGAUUAGAGAAAAGAUGACCCGACUAUAUGGAGGAGUUUUCCCACAUGGAAAUGGAGAUGGCGGUGGAAAUGGAGGAGGGUCGGGGUUGCAGGGGCUUGUUGAAUAUUUAAUCAGAUUUAAACUUAAGUUUGAUGGUUAUGUACGUGGAGUUAAAUUUGAUGGUAGUUGAAAAUAUUAUAAAUAUUUAGGUAAAGUUCUCUUGAAUUUUUAUAAAUAUUAUAUUAAACUUAAGUUUUAUGG